UUUGAAUAUCAAUCUACUUUGCUGUUAUUUUUUAUAGCAUAGUGUUUGUAUUUUAAACUGCCUGCAUGAAAGCAAGCUCCCUGGAUUUGUUUGUCUUCCAGUUCUAGUGGCUGUGUAUAUGGGUUCCAUUGCAUCUACUGUAGAGACUAAAAACUCAUUUUACGGAUAAAUUUUAUAGCAAUAUGUUUCUGAAAACUAAUCUUUCAAUAUGAAUGAAAUCUUUGUGAAAGAAUUUCUAGCCAAAGCCAAAGAAGAUUUUUUAAGAAAAUGGGAAAGUCCUGCUCAGAAUACUGCUGGGUUAGAUGACUUCGAGAGGCUUAAAACACUUGGAACUGGAUCAUUUGGCAGAGUCAUGUUGGUGAAACACAAAUCUACAGAACAGUAUUAUGCCAUGAAGAUACUGGAUAAACAAAAAGUGGUUAAACUGAAGCAAAUAGAACACACGUUGAAUGAAAAAAGAAUAUUACAAGCAGUGAACUUUCCUUUUCUUGUAAGACUGGAGUAUUCUUUUAAGGACAAUUCCAAUUUAUAUAUGGUUAUGGAAUAUGUUCCUGGAGGGGAAAUGUUCUCACAUUUAAGAAGAAUUGGAAGGUUCAGUGAACCACAUGCACGAUUUUAUGCAGCUCAGAUAGUACUAACAUUUGAGUACCUCCAUUCAUUAGACCUCAUCUACAGAGAUCUAAAACCUGAAAAUCUUUUAAUUGAUCAACAAGGAUAUAUUCAGGUCACAGAUUUCGGGUUUGCAAAAAGAGUAAAAGGAAGAACCUGGACGUUAUGUGGAACUCCAGAAUAUUUGGCACCUGAAAUAAUUCUUAGCAAGGGCUACAAUAAAGCAGUGGAUUGGUGGGCCUUAGGAGUGUUAAUUUAUGAAAUGGCAGCUGGAUAUCCUCCAUUCUUUGCAGAUCAACCAAUCCAGAUUUAUGAAAAAAUUGUUUCUGGAAAGGUACGUUUCCCAUCGCAUUUCAGUUCAGAUCUUAAGGAUCUAUUAAGAAAUUUACUUCAGGUAGAUUUGACCAAGCGGUAUGGAAAUCUCAAGAAUGGAGUAAAUGACAUUAAAAACCACAAAUGGUUUGCCACUACAGAUUGGAUUGCCAUUUACCAGAGAAAGGUAGAAGCUCCAUUCAUACCAAAAUGUCGAGGCCCAGGAGAUACCAGCAACUUUGAUGAUUAUGAAGAAGAAGAUAUCCGUGUUUCUCUAACAGAGAAAUGUGCAAAAGAAUUUGCUGAUUUUUAGUACUUGUUGGAGGAUAAGAGGACAUCAGGGCUCAUAUUGGGGUCUUUGCACUCUGUUAACUCAUGAAGUGGAGCUGAGACCAUCAUAUGUCAAAACAAUUACCUAGUUACUUCAUUCCACAAAGCUGACUGAGGUCUUUAUUGCCAUCUUCCAUGUGUGCAGGUUGCACCAACCCUUAUAACUAGGCACAAUUAAGCAAGCACGGUUUGUGCUGUUACACAGAAUAUAGACCACUUUUCCUAUUUACCUUUUGGUUUCUAUUGUUUCCUUUGUUUUCUGUGUAUUGUUAAUUUCUCCUCUUUUCUCUGACCCACUUUUUAAAAAUGAAGUAGCCUUUUUCUCAAGAAUGCUCCAUUUUAUUUUGAAUAAUGUAUGUGUAUGAAUGAAACUGAAGGUGUUCGGGCUAAAUACAAGUUAGACUGAAGUGGGAGAUAAAUGUUGCUUCUAGUUUGUGCUGGCCAAUCCUUCUGUGUCCAUCUUUGUGCGUGAGGCUACAGUUCAUAGGGGUUCAUUUUAGUGGUUUUUUUUCUCUUUGUUUACUUUGGUAACACAAUCUAAACUUAGCCAACUUCAAUAGCAUUUUGAAAGUAAUAUUUAUCACCAUAUGAGCAAAUGCUAAUUGACUUAAGGAUCUCUUCCUGGAGACUGACCAAACCUAUUUUCAAAAUUGGAAAAAUUGUGUAGGGUACAGUAGCUAGCCCUGUGCCUUGGUUUUUUACAUUGCUGGCAGUUCUUCUCCCUGCCUCAUAGUUUGUGUUAUUUUCCUAGACAGUUAAUAUGCUAAAGCAUACUGUGUCAUAAGUAGCACAGUCUCAGUGAGCAGGAACAAUUCUAUCCAGUCUGGGCUUUGGACCAUAUUUAAUCAUGUUUAGUAACUUGCAUCUAAAGAAUUGACUAUUUAAAUAGGUUUUAAACACCUGAAAGCCCGGAACUUGUAAAAGAUUUGGUCAGUAUUGUUAAGAGACUAGGAGUGAUUUUUAGUAAUGUCAGUGGGGCUCCUGAAGUAUUUCACAUUUCAACCCUUUUUUUAUUGAAGGGGGGGAAGCAUCUUUUUUAUCUCUUUAGCUAUGAGAAUAAAUGGUUUAGCAAAUUGAAAAUUUAGUAUUAAAAUAUUGAUAAGUUGCUAGAUAAACCUGGUAUUUCUGUUAGCUGUGAAAAAUAAAAGAAACAAAUGCCAAGUUUUUAUUCUGGUAUACUAUAUUAGUAAAUUCAAGGAUGGAAUGCUGCUCCAAUCAUGGUUUCUAUCAGCAGCACUUCAUUCAUAUAGAAAAGAGACAACGUUUGAAACUGCCACCAUCUGUGAUGUCUUCAUUUCUAACAUAUUUUCUUUUGGUGAAAUGAAAUUUAUGGUUGCACAAAGAAUUGAUUGGGUUGAAUUAAGUUUCAUAUAAUCUCAUCUACUGACCUGUAUGGAUAUUGCUGCCAUGUGCUUGCUUCCAGCACUUUUUCAGACUUCUGUUUCAGUGUUUAAUGAUCAGUAGCUCAGCAUAUGUCCUUGUGCUUUUAAAUUUAUCCAUGCAGUUUUUAGUUAGGCACUUACUUUCUGAUUUAUCCCAAGAGGGCCUAUCUUAAGAUGGCACAUCAGUACACUUAGAC